ACCUUUAAGCCGCUGGUUGGCGCCCGUUUGAGGGAGUGACAGUGAUGGAAGUCGGAAGGUUACCGAUCUCGGCGACGAAGAGAGGGAAACUUAUAUCUGCCGGCUAUACCACAUUUUCUACCAUCCUUCACGUUUCCUCUUCCGACCUUGCUCGAGAUCUAGAUGUUUCAGAGAGUGAAGCUUCUGAAAUUUUGAAAUGUGUAUCACAAACUAGUAGGCUGGAGGGGUCAAGCAGGGGUCCUGCUACUUUUGAUGGUGCUCAGACUGCUUGGGCAAUGCUCAAUGAGGAAAAGUCAUGCAUUACCACGUCUUGUCUGGACCUGGAUAACAUCCUUGGUGGAGGUAUUAGGUGCGGAGAAGUCACUGAAAUUGGUGGAGUUCCAGGAAUUGGUAAAACACAAAUGGGGAUUCAGCUUGCAGUUAAUGUUCAAAUUCCAAUAGAAUAUGGUGGGCUGAGCGGGCAAGCUAUAUACAUCGAUACAGAGGGUAGCUUUAUGGUGGAACGUGUACUACAAGUUGCUGAAGCUUGUAUAGAAGACUUGUCAGAAUAUAGCCACCUUCGCAAGGAUGCUCAAAAUUGUGAAGUUAAAAUGCACCCUAAUAAUAUUUUGCAAAAUAUAUUUUAUUUUCGUGUUUGCAGCUAUACUGAGCAAAUUGCGUUGGUAAAUUACUUGGACAAAUUCGUCACGGAACAUAAAAAUGUGAAGAUCAUCAUUCUUGACAGUGUUACUUUCCACUUUCGCCAAGAGUUUGAUGAUAUGGCCCUCCGGACUCGAUUACUUAGUGAAAUGGCUUUAAAAUUUAUGAAGCUCUCAAAAAAGUUCAGUUUGGCUGUUGUAAUGUUAAAUCAAGUAACAACCAAGCUCAUUGAUGGUUCGUUUCAAUUGACCCUUGCACUGGGUGAUAGCUGGUCACAUAUGUGCACAAACAGGAUAAUCUUGUAUUGGAAUAACAAUGAACGACAUGCAUACAUUGACAAGUCCCCAUCUCUUAAAUCUGCAUCUGCAAGAUAUUCUGUGACCAGUAGAGGGAUUCGUAAUUCUUCUUCAAGCAGUAAACGAAUUAAAAUGAUGUGAGAGUAUUUCUUUCCUUUUCUUUAUUACUUGACGUAGAUGAUAUUUUAACUCUGAAACUUUUGGUGGCUUCCAUGAUGUGACAUUGAGUAAAAAAAAAAAAAAAGUUUGUGUUCAUGUUUUCGCAUGAAACUUGGAAUGAA